AGCAGUGACGUGACACCUCACUAACCGCUCUUUCCGAACGUCCUUGUAAGCCAUAUUCUGUGAUAUUAUUCAUUGGUUAACAACACUUUGAGUGUGGGUAGACGCGUGACUAGUUUAUUUACACAGAACGUUAUAUAGACGGUAUGUAUGUCGGGCCAGAAGAUCAUGCCUCAAGGAUUAUAUAGGUUGUCGAAUAUUGUGCACUGUCAUGUCCAUGAAGGAGUGACGCACGCGAGGCCCGCUGUUUACUUAGAACCUCUCAUGCGUUGAGGACGGAAGGGAUUUCGAAAUAUCAGCGACGAACUGGGAUGAAUAUCGUCCGCAUUGUGUCUGUAUAGGGGCGUUAUGCUCCACUGUGUUCUCACCCGGUCAUAGGUCACAGGUUAGCGGGUCGGUUAUACCUCUACAUCCGGGAUCUACUCAACCUAAGGGUGAAUUGUCGACAUUUUGCCACUGCUCAGAAUGAUUUCGCUGAAGACUUUGUGGAUUAUUCUACCAUUAAUCACAGCCUCAUGUGCUUACGAGGUCUGUUACAAGAGAAGUUACGGUAGCAGCGUUAGACAACUCUACUGCUCCGACUCGUGUUGCGGGACAAGCUACAGCCGAUACUGCUGUACACGGUACUCGUAUACCGGAAUAUACACAGGAAGCGGGUUCGGGACCGUGGGCCUCAUUGCCAUCAUUGUGACAUGCAUCUGCUGCUGUAGAAGGAGACAGGCACAGCAUGGCCGCUUAAUGACCACCAAUCAGCUUGCUGUCGUAUCAACAAGUAAUGUGGCCUCUUUGUAGACGUAUCAAUAUUUA